AUGUGCGUACGCGAAAGUAAAAGUUUUCCCAGCCUUUGGAUAAUUUUCUUGGUUCUGGGCUUGGCCCAAGGCCUGACAGAGAUAGAUUCGCAAGAUCCCGAGGAUCCCGAAGAUCCCUUUUCCAGCACAGAUGAGGCCAGGUUCGAUUGGCCUUGGUCCCGCAACAAGACCACCAAAGGCACACCAGCCGGUCUGAAUUUGAAGAACGAAUACGCCCAGAUGGAAAUUGCCAGCUUUAGCGACUUUGAACGGCAACCGUGCCGACGUGUCUGCCAGCAGGGCCAGAGCCAGACCUGCUACUACCAACUGGUGGUGCACAACUACCAGAGACUGGGACCCGAGUGCCAGCGCUGCCAGUACGAUGAGCGGGCCUGCGCCGCAGAGUACUGCCUCUAUGGCGACGGUGUUGCCUCUCCCGUGAUGGCCGUUAAUCGAAUGAUACCGGGACCGCCCAUCGAGCUGUGCGAGAACGAUACUGUGGUGGUGGAUGUACUCAACUAUCUGGGCGAGGCCACCACCAUGCACUGGCAUGGUUUGAACAUGCGGCGCUCGCCGGAGAUGGACGGAGCCCCAUUUAUCACCCAGAACCCGGUGCAGCCGGGCGAGGUCUAUCGCUACGAGUUCCUGGCCGAUCGCAGUGGAUCGCUAUGGUACCACAGCCACAUGGGCUGGCAGCGGGGAUUCGGGGUGGCAGGUCACCUGAUCAUACGACAGACGCGCCAGGCCAACCAGCACGCACAUCUCUACGACUACGAUCUGGUGGAGCAUGCGUUGAUGGUGCAGGACAUCUUCUACGACCACGAGCUGACGACGGUGCGAAACAUACUCAUCAACGGGAAGGGAAGAAACCACCUCAACCAACUGCCGGAUAACGACAACCGACAUCGGUACGAGCGCCUCCGGGUCACUCCUGGCUAUCGCUAUCGCAUGCGAGUCCUUCUCAACGGGAUCGCCAACUGCCCCGUGGAGUUCUCCAUUGAGCAGCACAAGCUGCUGAUCAUCAGCACAGAUGGCAACGACAUUGAGCCCGUGCUGGCUGAUGGGUUUUUCCUUACCUCUGCCGAGAGAUUUGACUUUGUUCUGGAGGCCAGUCAGGUGGCCAAGAACUAUUGGAUCCGAGUCCGCGGCUACGAGCAGUGCGAGGAUCUCAAACUGUACCAGGGCGCAGUGCUCAGCUAUCGUGGCGCCACUCGCAGUGAGUUGCCACAGGGCAACAUUAUGGUUAGCCCACAGAGCAGAGCUCUCGAUGCUGAUAAUUUCCUCAAGCCCACGAAUAUUUCCGGGCAGGGCAGAGCUCUGUCUGCGGCCCCCGUCCUGGUCAACGAUUAUCGCAUUAUGCCCACGAUUGCCGCCGGCCCUGCUGCCUUCCUGCGCCUGGCAACGGCCGAAAAGGACAACAAUGUGGGCACUGUGGCCCUCCGUUCGCUGCAACCUGUUCCUUGGCCCCGAAACACAAAGUUCCGCACCUACUACUCCAGUUUUAGUCUCCACCGGGCCCCAAAUGGGGAGAUGCUCUUCCAGAUCGAUGAGAUCUCGUACAUACCUCCGGGUAUAUCCCUGUUGCAGGGUCGGCAUCUCUUCCAGGACGAUGGAUACUUCUGCAACCGGAGUUCUCUCGCCGCUCAGGGUCGCAACUGUCAGCAGGAUGUCUGCGAAUGCCUGAACGUAAUCCGGAUGCCUGCCUACCGCCCCAUCGAGAUGGUGGUGGCCAACUACAUGGUCAACACGCAUCCCUUCCAUGUCCAUGGCAGCUCCUUCCACCUGGUUGGCCAGGGCGUUGUGGGCAAUAUGGAAGACCUUCGGAAUAUUCAGCAACUCGAUCGCCAGGGACUUCUCCCUCGACUGCCUGACCACUACCAUGCGGUGCUCAAGGACUCGGUGCAGAUACCGGGACUGGGCUACAUCAUUGUCCGCUUCAUUUCAAAUAAUCCCGGUUUCUGGCUCUAUCACUGCCAUGUGGAAGCCCACGCAGUCCAGGGAAUGAUGGCCGUGCUCAAGAUCGGCGAGAAUCAUCAGAUAAAACGAAUUCCGGCUCGAGUGCGUUGCUAG